CUUAUCAAUACUUCUACAAUUACAUUGCACACUGUAACCCUAUGGCGCCAUGGCUUCUUGGGCAUUUUAGACAAGUACCGUCGUCAAAUUUUUAGUGUAGUCUGGACUUCUUCGGGUGCUCACUCCUUGCCGAUAAGGUCCGCGACGGGAAAGCCAAGCUAAGGAUGGCGGCAGCGGCGGCGGCGAAGGGCGGUGCUCGCCUCCUAUCGGCUCCGGUCUUAUCUGUUAGCCGACGAAUUUGCUCUCCUCGUUCCAAUAUCAGUUCUCUCGUCACCGGUAGCAAGGCUAGCUUCCAUCGCUGCAUUUCCAUGUUUACUCCUGGUCGCUCCCUGUACUCCUUCUCUCCGGCAGUGGGUGCUGGAGAACCACCUUCAACGACCGUGGUGGCAGAAUCCAAUGCCGGAGCUCCGAGUCUUACGCCUGAUGAAUUGGUGAAGGAAGCGGCUGAUGUGCUUGACAUACGCGUGGGUCGAAUCAUUAGGGCAUUUAGGCAUCCUGAAGCUGAUUCCCUUUACGUCGAGGAGGUGGAUGUGGGUGAGGCUGAGCCUCGCAUUAUAUGCAGCGGGCUUGUGAAUUAUGUUCCGCUGGAUCAUCUUCAGGACAUUAGAGUAGUUGUGCUGGCCAAUCUGAAACCCAGGAACAUGCGUGGCGUUAAGUCUAAUGGAAUGCUAAUGGCUGCUUCUGAUGCAGCUCAUGUGACUAUAGAGCUUCUUUUACCGCCUGAAGAUUCAGUCCCUGGUGAAAGAGUCUGGUUUGGUUCAGAAGAGGACAAGGACAAACAACCAAAUGCUGCUACACCUAAUCAGAUUCAAAAGAAAAAGAUAUGGGAAUUGGUCCAGCCUCAUCUCAAAACAACAGAAGAUUGUGUGGCUGUUUUGGGAGCUCAUCCCAUGAGGACUUCUGCUGGGAUGAUUACUUGCAGAUCUCUGAAGAAUGCAAACAUUUCCUGAUCGGAUCUACCUCGCUGUUAAAAUGCAACUUUAUACUAUAAUCUAAAGAACGGAUGAUGCUGGGAAGUCCGAGAAAGUGAUAUGUCGUUGCGGGCUACCGUCCUUGCUACUCACGUCACGCCAGACACAUAGCUUCGGGAGGCAGUUUUACAGGUGCUCGCGAUGGGGACAAGGACCGGAAAACUGCAAGUUUUUCAGGUGGACCGACAAUGCAACUAAUUCUACGAUAUCCCAAUUGGACAUAGCUGCUAGGAGUUGGAUAGUAUUACAACAGGAGAACACUGCAUAUGAUUCGAGUUCUUCCGUUCCUACGACAUACUAGUCGGACAUGUUUGCUCGGGGUUUUGAGGUAUCAGAACCGGGCAACAUUCGACGUGAUGUGCUUUUACAUUUUAAAGUCAAUAUUAUCAUAUUUUUCCUUGUAAUUUUAAUAUGUUUUUUUUUAGUCAUAUUAUAAUUCAUAUUAGUGUGUGAAUGUGUACUUCA